AUGACAUCUGACGGCAACCUGACGACACCUGAGGAAGCAGACGACGGUUACCCUCCUCUCCUUAUAGUUUUCAUUGUGUUGCAGCAACUUGUUUUCAGCCUUUCCUGUGUUGGCAAUGGUAUCGUCAUAUAUAUCUUUAUUCGUCACCUCCGUCUCAAAUCCUUAACCAACCGUUUUGUCGUGGGACUUGCCGCCGCCGAUUUCUUCACGGGACUUUCGGUCGGAUCUCAGAUAUUUUAUUUCUUAUUUCCAAACCUGAACACUUACAGGGUGGCAUGCUUCAUCAGGUACCAAAUGGUUGCAUUUAUGACGAUGACAUCACAGUUGACAGUGUCAUUUACUACAUUCGACAGAUACAUGGCGAUUUGUCAUCCCCAUAGUUACAGUAAAGUGGUAACCAACAUUACGGCGAAUGUCCUGGUUACGACGCCAUGGAUUUAUGCUCUCAUUAUAACGACGUCAUCCUACAUUGGACUUGAGCCACGGACAAGCGAUUCCUUAAACUGUCUCUAUCAUCUCAUAUUCGAACAUGGCGUCUAUUUAGCAUCGGCAUUGACUAUCGUCUUUUUUAGUAUCGCAUCUUUCGUCAUGUACAUGUGCAUUUUACGCAUUGCAUGGAAAUACUACAACAGAAUACGUCCUUCCAUCUCCUCCAGUUCCAAUCCCAAAACACGUCAGAAGUCCACGGAGCGGGACGUCCGAAGUGCAAAGGUUAUGGGAAUCGUAACGACGGGGUUUACGGUUUGUUGGGCACCAUUCACGGCCUAUCAGUUCCGAUAUGGAUUGGGGUUUGUUGACCUGACCAUGGACGAUAUCAGUGCUUCCAAUUGGCUUGUAUUUCUUGGGAUGACCAAUAGCCUUGUAAAUCCGGUGAUAUACGCUUGGCAGAGGAAGGAUUUCAACAGAGCUUGCAGGAAGCUCUGUGGUCGAAACAUUGACGGGAGCAAUUCUACGGCCGGCUUCACUUCACAUGUCUCAACAACGUAA